AUGGCAGCUGAGUCAUUGCCUUUUUCUUUUGGGACACUGUCCAGCUGGGAGCUGGAAGCCUGGUAUGAGGAUCUGCAAGAGGUCUUGUCCUCAGAUGAAAAUGGGGGUGCCUAUGUCUCACCCCCUAGAAACGAAGAGGAAGAAUCAAAAACCUUCACCACUCUUGACCCUGCCUGUCUGGCUUGGCUGACUGAAGAGCCAGGACCAGCAGAGGUUACAAGCACCUCCCAGAGCCCUCACUCACCUGAUUCUAGUCAGAGUUCCCUGGCUCAGGAGGAAGAGGAGGAAGACCAAGGAAGAACCAGAAAAAGGAAACAGAGUGGUCAGUCUCCAGCCCGGGCUGGAAAGCAACGCAUGAAGGAGAAAGAACAGGAGAAUGAAAGAAAAGUGGCACAGCUAGCUGAAGAGAAUGAACGGCUCAAGCAGGAAAUCGAGCGCCUGACCAGGGAAGUGGAGGCGACUCGCCGAGCUCUGAUUGACCGAAUGGUUAAUCUGCACCAAGCAUGAACAAUGUGGGACCAUCACUCCCCCACUCAGGCCACGACCAACCUUUCCCAGAAGUGGCUACUGUCCACCUUCUCACCAGUGCCAGUGAUGUGACCCUCAACCCCACAUAUUCAGUAGGGGGAAGGCUUGGGGUAGACAAAAGGAAAGGGUCUCAGCUUGUACAUAGACAUUGUACAUUUAUUUAUUACUGUCCACAUCCAUUAAAGUGACUUUCUAUGA